AACAGUACAGGAUUUUAUCACUAGGAGCAUGUAAAUAGAACUUAUUUUGGACUAUGGAUGUUAAUAUUGUUACGCUGAAAGAUAGUGAUAAUAUUUUAAUCUUGAACGCCGAAAUAUUGAUUUUCAGUUACAUUGAGGUAGCUAUAAAUGCAAGAAUUUGUUUAUAGAAAUAUAAUUACUGCACUGUACAGCCGUUUUUUGCCUCUGUGAUAUUGGCACAUCUAAUCGAUUACGUCAUCCGUGUCGUGUAUCCUUACGCGGGACUACCUGCCAUCAUUGAGUAGUCUUGUGGUUUCAAGUUAAAAGUUAGUUAAAGUGAAGUAUUUAUUUAAUUAUUUACAAAUUGUGAACUGAGUGUACACAGAACUAUAGCGAGAGUGUCAGCAAGUCGUUUAUAACCACGGUGGUUAUUUCGUUUGUCUCUUUCUUUGGUCGGUUAUAAUAAAAUUUGCCAAAAUUCCGGUCCCUACAAGAAAACGAGAAGGUGCCUAUCCCGGCAGGAACGAGGAGGGCAAGAUGAAUAACAAGCGGAAAAGUCGCUCAAAUACAACAAGGUCAUCACGCACCCGACCUGAUAGAAGUGUAACUGCUGAUGGCAUCUACCAAAAUGCACACUUCAUGCAUGCAAUUACUAGUCACGUAGGAAAUACCGUUCAGGUUCAGACUCUGAAUGGUUCGCUUUUUGAGGGUGUGUUCCGUACAUUCUCAAGUUCUUUUGAAGUAGUGCUUGAGAUGGCUCACAAGGUUGAUCAGGCUAACCCAGCCAAAAUUAGUGUUGAUACAGUGGUUGAGAAACUUAUCUUCAAACCACAAGACAUCAUUACCAUUGAAGCGCGAGAUGUUGACCUUGAAUAUGCUACAAGAGAUACAUUUAAGACUGACACUGCCAUUUCCAAAUUUAAUGGGCAGGUUCCAGAAAAGAAACUGGAACCAUGGAUAGGACCAGGUUGCAAUGGAGAUGAUGGUUAUGAACUUGAAUCAGCCAAUGCUAAUGGGUGGAAUGUCGAGGAAAUGUUCAGAAAGAAUGAACAGGUAUAUGGUGUACAGUCGUCAUUCCAACCAUCCCUUGAAGGUUACACUUUGCAGCUCCAGAAAAAGGACACCAAAGAUUAUAAAGAGGCAGAAGCGAAAGCUGCCAAAAUAGCAAGUGAGAUUGAAGCAAACCCAAAUUACAAAGCCCGUAUAGAUGUUGAAAAUGGUGAUGAAGAGGAUGCAUUUGCAGCAGUGGUUCGUCCUUCUGAAAUCCAAGGUGCAGGAUUGGCAGCAGGAAGUGGCAGUAGUGUAGAAGGAGGAAAAUAUGUCCCACCUGCCAAGAGAAAAAAUCCACAGACUGGGAAGUUGGUUCGGUCCACACCACCUCCCUCUUCUCAGCCACAGCAGCAAGCGACGUUACCACAGCAAUCACAAUCGCAACAGCCUCAAAGUCAGCCUCAGCAGCAGCCACCUGUCCCACAGAUACCACAACAGCAACCGCAACAGCAAGCACCACCCCCUGCAAGGACAGGGGGUGGAACAUAUCUCCAUCCACCUCCCUUUCAACCAUCAUCAGGAGUUAUUACUCCUGUAGUAUCAUUGAAUCAGCCUCCCCCUGUUUCGCAUGUACAUGGAGCUGGGUAUGCGCCUGUUCCUCCACAGCAACAACCGCCUCUACCACAGAGGGAACCAAAUAAAAUCAAUGUAAUGGAUUCUAAGAGACCUCUGCAGCAGUUACGUCCAGGUCCACGUGGUGCAUUUCCUGUGUCAGAACCUCCCCGGUAUCCUCUUGAUCAGCCACAGCAGGGCCCACUUCCUCCUAGAGUUGAUACUAAAUUGAGUCAUCAUGCCCCUGGUGGUCUUCCACCUGCUCCAUUCCCCAGCAGUGGGAACACAGCUAGUAGUGCACCAACUCAGGUGCUCACUUCUCCAGCUCCAGUGGCUGCUGGCGCUCCUUCACUAACUUCACCCACACUAGUAGCUGCCCCUGCAAUGGUUUCGGUACAGCAACCGCCACCUACAGUUGACAGCAUGACUGCUAUGAAAGUGGCUUCUCCUCCAGAACAAGCCUCAAUGGUGCAACAGGUUCCCAGUACAAACGCCAGUAAUGCUCCUGUAAAUAGGAAACUGCAACAAAGUUCAAGGG